AUGGUUCUCUUCGGACCAGAUGUAAUUCGUCACGUGAAUUGGCAACAAUUAUCUGCUCAACAACGUAAUAUUAUCGACAAUCAUUUAGUAUCCGUUGCAUCUAUAACGACUGAUUCAUUAAUAUUCGUUGAACGAUUUUUAAAACUUCGGAAUCUUCGUCGAUUAUGCCUUGUCAAUACUGCACCAGGAGAUCUGAUGGAAUUCAUGUGGACUGAUUGGCAUUUCGCACUUGAUGGUGUCAACGAGAUACGUUUCAUCACUACGAAUAAUACUGAAGCUACUUUUAUAGACAGGGAAAAUUUGCCUGUUCUUGUCUCCUAUCUAAUCGGCUACGUGCCCACUUUACAUACGUUACAUCUACCAUCAAGUUACAUCAUCACUUCCUUCAUGUGUCCACCUAUCACUAUCGCACCUCUACAUACUUCUGUUUCAAAUCCGAAAAGUGCUAAAAUACUCAUUUUGGAUAUACCAGAUCUGCCAACGCAAUUACUAGGAAAUUUGGCGAUACAUUGUUCGACUAUUAAGGAUUUCUUGGCUACAUCGAUCCAAUAUAAUGCUUUCAUUCUUAUUAUAGCUUGUACCUCCGCAAAACUUGCUGAAUUAAUUCCAGUACUAACAGAAAUUCCAAUCGAACAAGUGUACAUUCUUAAUAAAGGAGACGCAAUAAUAGGAGCCGUUGAACCUUGGUGGAAUAAGACGACUAUAGUUUAUAAUAUAAAACAAUUAAUGCGCCAUUUGUGUACAAAAAUUAUGCUUUGCUAUUUUAAUGAAGGCAUUGCGCAUCGAAAAAAUGGAGAUUCUGGUCUAGCUAAUGUUUGUAUGGCUGAGUCACUUCAUGUCUUAGAUUGUUCUGCUCAAUUCAUAUAA